UGAUUUGGCAACUACUUCGCUACUACGGGGUGCCGCCGACAAUUAUACAUCUCAUCCAACAGUUGUAUGACAACGCUGCAUGCCAAGUAAUCCACAACGGGAAGCUCACGGAAUCCUUCGAAGUGAAGACAGGAGUAAGACAGGGUUGCCUACUAUCGCCAAUGAUUUUCCUGAUUGCAGUAGAUUGGAUAAUGCGACAGACAGCGGGCAAUGAGGAAACAGGCAUAAAAUGGACUCACACAAAGAACUUGGAGGAUCUGGACUUCGCCGAUGAUAUAUGUCUGAUUUCCCACAAACUGGAAGAUAUGCAAGUGAAAAGUAACAAGUUGGCAGAAGAAGCAUCAAAGAUAGGACUCCAGGUGAACAUAGAGAAAACGGAGGUGAUGAAGAUUCCUGGCCAACACCAACAGCCACAGCAACAACAACAGACAGCAAUCAGCAUAAAUGGAAGGAACCUGAAAGAAACUACCUCCUUUACCUACUUGGGAAGCAUUGUUUCAACUACAGGCGGAACUGACGAGGAUAUCAAAGCAAGGAUCGGGAAAGCAAGGCAAGCUUUCAUUACUCUCAAGUCUGUGUGGAGGUCAACAGCACUCAGCAUCAAAAAUAAGAUCCGGAUUUUCAACUCCAAUGUGAAGUCAGUACUACUAUACGGAUCAGAGACUUGGCGUGUCACAAAGAGCACCUCAAACAAGCUACAGACCUUCAUUAACAGAUGUCUUCGCUCAAUACUCAAGAUCAGAUGGCCGGAAAGGAUCAGCAACAAAGAUCUCUGGGAGCGAACCAACCAGGAACCGAUUGUGAAACAAAUAGGCAGGAAGAAAUGGAGAUGGAUUGGCCACACUCUGAGGAAACCAGCAAGUGACAUCACUAGACAAGCCAUUGCUCGAGUGGAACCCGAAAGGGAAGCGACGAGUUGGUCGUCCAAGGGUGACCUGGAGGAGAUCAUGUGAAGAGGAAAUGAAAGCGUAUGGGCAGACUUGGAGCCAGGUGAAAACUCUAGCAGAGAACCGAACGCAAUGGAGACGCAUG